AUGAGUUUCCUGAGUCUCCUCGGAGUCACAUUGUUAGCUGGCCACGUUAGUGCCUUUCGUGGCCAGCUUGCCGCUUCCGCCUACACAUCGAAGCCGAACAGUCCAGGGUUUAUCUAUCAAAACAUCUAUUUGACCGACUACACCACUAGAUCUACCUACGCCGCACAACUUUAUGGGGGAUUCAAUGGUUGCACCACCUCGGAAUGUUCGGUCUACUUUGAGGAAACUAGCGAUGGUGGAUACGGAUUCAAUGCAUUAAUGUGGCGAACAAGCAACGGCUGUCAUAAUAUUGAUUUCAAGGGUGCUCUGGACGCUGGACAUGGUUACUGUUGUGGCUCGUUGCCAUGUUAUAUUACCGCCUAA